AUGAGUGCUGCCUUGUUCUGGCCUACAUUGGAAUACCAGAAUCAACUCUACAAGUCAAGUUACCUUAGGUUUCGUAAUAUUCUGCUUUUGAAGGGGAAAUCUACCAUGACGACUACUCCAUCCCCUAACAGAAGGUAUGCGAAACCUUCACCUACUAAAUCUCCUAAAUCUAAUUCUCAGAGUAACAGUGAUGGGCAUUUAUCCGAUCCUAGAAGAUCUAGUCGUAUAUGGUCGGUCUGGGGGGAUAAAACUGGCACGAAUGAUCAAACGACACAACAACAAGAAGGACUUCCAAUAAUUCAAUUUACGAGUAGCCAGAGCUCACUAAAAUCAGAAGUACCACCUGCAGGAGGCGAGCAUAAUUCAGAAGAUGAAUACACAGUAGCUACAGACUCCAAGAAACAAUUGGAGCUUCCUCAUGAGGACCAGGAACCUAAACGAAUGUGGAGGUUUUGGAGUAGAGCUUCAAGUGUGAAUACAGAUAUUGCACAAGAGCAACAACAGAAUGAUGAAGACCAGAUGGUACUACCGUCGAAGGCGGCAACAACUUUGACCAACACGUGGAUUUCCGCUGCAGAUACCAUAGAUUACAAGAGUGCAGCCGCAAAACGAGAUCUUAAGAACCAGAUGGAUACCCAAGAACCUAACAUUUUGGUACCAAGUUUUGAUUUAUUACCGCAUAAGAGUGUAUGGAAUUCUCUAAAAUCUUCGGCGUUAGCGCUAGCACGUCAAUGGAACGUUGUUACUGGAGCACCUUCACAAAAAUGUGUCUAUCAACAAGGACCGCAGGCUAAAUUAAAGUACUUAAGUGAAGAUGGUAAGAAGCGCAUAAAAGUUUUAAUUGUUGGAGUACAUGGGUUUUUUCCCACAAAAAUGAUUAGACCGUUUAUUGGUGAACCUACAGGAACUUCUUUAAAAUUUGUAGCAGAGGCAGAAGAAGUGGUUAAAAAGUAUUUCGAGAAGUAUAAUCAAGAGGUGGAAAUCUCAAAAAUUGCACUUGAAAGAGAAGGUGAAAUUUUUGAAAGGGUAAAUUUUUUCUUUGAUGUGAUGAAGAAUUGGGCUAAAGAGAUAAAUCAGGCUGAUUUCAUUUAUUUCGUUUGUCAUUCACAGGGUUCACCAGUUACGAUGUUACUCUUGGCACAAUUAAUCGAUGCAGGUUUGAUAAAUUUGGACAAUACUAGAUUUUUCAACGAAGGUGAUGUACCGUUUUCCACAAAUAAAAAGAUUAUUUCCAUCCUGGCGAUGGCAGGCAUUAAUAAUGGUCCCUUUUAUGGAGCAGAUCAAACACUUUUUGUAAGAGCAUAUCAAACGAUUGAAAAGGAGUCCCUGAGAGAAUUGUUUCAAUUUCAAAGACCAGAUUCUUUAGUUUCUCAAAAACUGAUACGAAGUAUAAGGAUUAUUGUCGGUAGUAACGUUAAAAUUGUAUUUGUUGGUUCUAUCAAUGACCAAUUGGUACCGUUAUACUCCUCGAUGUGUCUAUUUGUCUCGCAUCCGAAUUUCUUUAGGGCAACUUUUAUUGAUAGAUCAUCUAGGACACCCUCAUUCAUCAUGCGGUUAGUUAAAAUUGCAGGUACUUUACUAAAUUUAGGGCAUGAUGAACAUGGAAUUGUUAAGGAGAUUAGUCCGUCUUUGGCAGGUACACUAACGGGUGGCGGGCAUUCCACCAUUUAUAACGAAGCUCAAGUUUACGAAUUAGGGCUUAAAUUUGCGCUAGAGACCACGGAUGUUACCACGGAUGUACCUGUCAGAUACAGGCCUUAUCAAUUAGGGCAACUAAGUUCAAAUCCAUACCAUUUACCAUGGUGUAUGCGUGGUCUCAUGUACGAAAUUGGCCAUCAUUUGGAUCCUAAUGAAAUAACCCAAUUGUUUCAAGAAUUCGAAAGCUGGGAACCUGAAACGAAACCACUAAAGGAUGUCAAGUACAGACUCACUGGGCUCAAAAACAAAUUGUAA